AUGUCCUAUAUGAAGACUGGCUAUGCUGGAGAAUGGGCAGCCCUGACCUAUGACCGUGAGAAGGCCAAAUCAGCUUCUCAUCGUUGGGAUUGGGAUACGUUCAUCAAGGAUCUCAAAGUGGUGUUUUCUCCCAUCAAUGAAAUUUGUGAUGCGCAAGAACAUCUAGCUACAUUCACUCAAGGGAAGAUGCCCAUCGAGGAAUUCCUAACUCGUUGGAUGCAGAUUCUCGUCAUGGCUGAGUAUUCAAACGUAAAAGCCAAUACUACUACUGUGGACCAUCUUAUUAACAUCCUUCGUACCAAUGCUCAUAUCAACAUCAUUGAUUCGGUUGAUGAAGAACCGGAGAUGUAUGGGGCUAAUCGUAAGACCCCCAACCCAACCUACUAUCCUUCUUAUAAACCCUCAACAUCGCAAUCUAACCCUACCUCACCAACCUCUACGGAUCGAGCGGAUGGCAGUGGAGUGACUUAUGGAGGUCAUGGACAACCCAUGGACCUGAGCCGUCAACAUGCUCAUGAAGGCAAUCUCUGCUAUCGUUGUGGCCAAGCUGGUCAUAUCGCAUGGAACUGCAAGAAUCAUGUUCAAGCUAUUUGUCAGAUGCUUAAUGGUCUUGACGAAGAGGAAAAGAAGGGAGUUGUUGAGAGUUUGGGUUUUUAA